GGGGGCGCGCGGCUGGAGCUGGCGCGGGAGCGGUGGCGGCGGCGGCGGCGGCAGAGGCAGAGGCGGCGGCUCUGGCUCCGGCUCUGGCUCCGGCUCCGGCUUGGGCUCGGGCUCCAGUUCGGGCGGCGGUGGCGGGAGUGGGACCCGGUGGCGGCGGCGGCAGAAAAGGAGAAGGAGCAGCGGCCCCAGCCGCUUGGGGGAGGGGGGACAUGCGGACCCACGGCCCCUGGAGAGGCGGAAGGAGUGGAGGCCCCAGUGCCCUGCCCUCAGAGCUGGUGGUCCAGCAGGAGUGACUGGUGUGAGCACGCAAACACCUGGUGGAAUCUCCUGGGCUGUGAGUAGCUGUGGUGCUGGAGCCCUGGAUGACCCCUGGGCCAACCCAAGGGAGGACAAUGGUGCCCCUUGUGCCUGUGUUCCUGAUGCUUGGUUUGGUGGCAGGCGCUCAUGGCGACAGCAAGCCUGUCUUCAUUAAGGUCCCUGAGGACCAGACUGGACUGUCAGGAGGGGUGGCCUCCUUCGUAUGCCAAGCCACAGGAGAGCCCAAGCCUCGAAUCACAUGGAUGAAGAAGGGGAAGAAAGUCAGCUCCCAGCGCUUUGAGGUAAUUGAGUUUGAUGAUGGGGCAGGGUCUGUGCUUCGGAUCCAGCCUCUGCGGGUCCAGCGAGAUGAAGCCAUCUACGAGUGCACAGCCACCAACAGUCUGGGAGAGAUCAACACUAGUGCCAAGCUUUCUGUGCUUGAAGAAGAACAGCUGCCCCCUGGCUUCCCCUCCAUUGACAUGGGGCCUCAGCUGAAAGUGGUGGAAAAGGCGCGCACAGCCACCAUGCUGUGUGCAGCAGGUGGGAAUCCAGACCCUGAGAUCUCCUGGUUCAAGGACUUUCUCCCUGUGGACCCUGCCACAAGCAGCGGGCGCAUCAAACAGCUGCGUUCAGGUGCCUUGCAGAUUGAGAGCAGUGAGGAAUCAGACCAAGGCAAGUACGAGUGUGUGGCGACCAACUCUGCAGGCACACGCUACUCAGCCCCUGCCAACCUGUAUGUGCGAGUGCGUCGUGUGGCUCCUCGUUUCUCCAUCCCUCCCAGCAACCAGGAGGUGAUGCCAGGCGGCAGCGUGAACCUGACAUGCGUGGCAGUGGGUGCACCCAUGCCCUAUGUGAAGUGGAUGAUGGGGGCCGAAGAGCUCACCAAGGAAGAUGAGAUGCCAGUGGGCCGAAAUGUUCUGGAGCUCAGCAACGUGGUCCGCUCCGCCAACUAUACCUGUGUGGCCAUCUCCUCAUUGGGCAUGAUCGAGGCCACAGCCCAGGUCACUGUCAAAGCCCUACCAAAGCCUCCAGUUGACCUUGUGGUGACAGAGACGACUGCCACCAGUGUCACCCUGACCUGGGACUCUGGGAACUCUGAGCCCAUGUCCUACUAUGGCAUCCAGUACCGGGCAGCAGGCACAGAUGGCCCCUUCCAGGAGGUGGAUGGCGUGGCCACCACCCGCUACAGCAUCGGUGGCCUCAGUCCCUUCUCCGAAUACACCUUUCGAGUGCUGGCGGUGAACAGCAUUGGGAGAGGGUCCCCCAGUGAUGUGGUGCGGGCCCGCACGGGGGAGCAAGCACCCUCCAGCCCGCCGCGCCGCGUGCAGGCCCGCAUGCUGAGUGCCAGCACCAUGCUGGUGCAGUGGGAGCCACCGGAGGAGCCCAAUGGUCUGGUGCGUGGCUACCGCGUCUACUACACUCCUGACUCCCGCCGUCCCCUAAGUGCCUGGCACAAGCACAACACAGACGCGGGCCUCCUCACCACUGUGGGCAGUCUGCUGCCUGGCAUCACCUACAGCCUACGCGUGCUGGCCUUCACUGCUGUGGGAGAUGGCCCGCCCAGCCCCACCAUCCAGGUCAAGACACAGCAAGGAGUGCCUGCCCAGCCAGCAGACUUCCAAGCUGAGGCAGAAUCAGACACCAGGAUCCAGCUCUCGUGGCUGCUGCCACCGCAGGAACGGAUUGUCAAGUAUGAACUGGUGUAUUGGGCGGCAGAGGAUGAAGACCAGCAGCACAAGGUGACCUUCGACCCUACCUCCUCCUACACUCUAGAAGAUCUGAAGCCUGACACGCUGUACCGCUUCCAGCUGGCCGCCCGUUCCGACUUGGGGGUGGGUGUCUUCACCCCCACCAUUGAAGCCCGAACAGCACAGUCCACCCCCUCCGCCCCUCCCCAGAAGGUGACCUGUGUGAGCACGGGCUCCACCACCAUCCGGGUAAGUUGGGUCCCGCCGCCGGCUGACAGCCAAAACGGCGUGAUCACCCAGUACUCGGUGGCCUACGAGGCGGUGGACGGCGAGGACCGCGGGCGGCAUGUGGUGGACAGCAUCAGCCGAGAGCACUCCAGCUGGGACCUGGUGGGCCUGGAGAAGUGGACGGAGUACCGGGUAUGGGUGCGGGCACACACGGACGUGGGGCCCGGCCCUGAGAGCAACCCGGUGCUGGUGCGCACCGAUGAAGACGUGCCCAGUGGACCACCACGGAAGGUAGAGGUAGAACCCCUGAACUCCACUGCAGUGCACGUCUCCUGGAAGCUGCCCGUCCCCAGCAAGCAGCAUGGCCAGAUCCGAGGCUACCAGGUCACCUAUGUGCGGCUAGAAAAUGGUGAGCCCCGAGGCCCACCCAUCAUCCAGGAUGUUAUGCUGUCUGAGGCCCAGUGGCGACCAGAGGAGUCCGAGGACUAUGAAACCACCAUCAGUGGCCUGACCCCAGAGACUACCUACUCUGUUACCGUGGCCGCCUACACCACCAAAGGGGACGGUGCCCGGAGCAAGCCCAGGAUUGUUACUACAACGGGGGCAGUCCCAGGCCGACCUACCAUGAUGGUCAGCACCACGGCCAUGAACACUGCCCUGCUGCAGUGGCACCCACCUAAGGAGCUGCCCGGCGAGCUGCUGGGCUACCGGCUGCAGUACCGCCGGACUGACGAAGCACAGCCCACCACCAUAGACUUUGGCAAGGACGACCAGCAUUUCACCGUCACAGGCCUGCACAAGGGGGCCACCUACAUCUUCCGGCUGGCCGCCAAGAACCGGGCAGGCCCCGGGGAGGAGUUUGAGAAGGAGAUCACAACCCCUGAGGACACACCCAGUGGUUUUCCCCAAAACCUGUGUGUGACAGUGAUGACUACCUCCACCAUGGAGCUGACCUGGGAUCCCCCAGUGCUGGCGGAGAGAAACGGCCGCAUCACCAACUACACUGUGGUGUACCGUGACAUUAACAGCCAGCAAGACCUUCAAAACGUCACUGCUGACACCCACCUCACGCUCUCUGGUCUUGUGCCGGAUACCACAUAUGACAUCAAAGUUCGUGCUCACACUGGCAAGGGCGCUGGCCCACUCAGCCCCAGCAUCCAAUCCCGGACCAUGCCUAUGGAGCAAGUGUUUGCCAAGAAUUUCCGUGUGGCUGCUGCAAUGAAGACGUCUGUGCUGCUCAGCUGGGAAGUCCCUGACUCCUAUAAGUCAGCUGUACCUUUCAAGAUCCUAUACAAUGGGCAGAGUGUGGAGGUGGACGGGCACUCAAUGCGGAAGCUGAUCUCGGACCUGCAGCCUAACACAGAGUAUUCAUUCGUGCUGAUGAACCGAGGCAGCAGCGCUGGGGGGCUGCAGCACCUUGUGUCCAUCCGCACGUCCCCCGACCUCCUGCCACACAAGCCCCUCCCUGCCUCAGACUACAUCGAGGAUGGCCGUUUCACCCUCUCCAUGCCCCGAGUGCAGGAGCCCUCGCUCAUAAGGUGGUUCUACAUUGUGGUGGUGCCCAUCGACCGAGUGGGUGGGAGCAUGCUGGCACCUCGCUGGAACACGCCCGAGGAGCUGGAGCUGGAUGAGUUGCUAGAGGCCAUCGAGCAGGGCGGGGAGCAGAAGAGACGACGCCGGCGGCGGCGGGAGGCAGAGAAGUUGAAGCCGUAUGUGGCUGCACAAAUGGACGAGCUCCCUGAGACCUUCACCUUGGGAGACAAGCAGAACUACCGGGGCUUCUACAACCGGCCUCUGUCUCCAGACCUGAGCUACCAGUGUUUCGUGCUCGCUUCCCUGAAGGAACCUGUGGACCAGAAACGUUAUGCCUCCAGUCCCUACUCCAAUGAGAUUGUGGUCCAGGUGACACCAGCCCAGCAGCAGGAAGAGCCUGAGAUGCUAUGGGUGACAGGCCCCGUCCUGGCAGUUAUCCUCAUCAUCCUCAUUGUCAUCGCCAUCCUCCUGUUCAAGAGGAAAAGGACCCACUCCCCGUCAUCCAAGGAUGAGCAGUCGAUUGGCCUGAAGGACUCUUUGCUGGCCCACUCCUCUGACCCAGUGGAGAUGCGGAGGCUCAACUACCAGACCCCAGGUUCCAGUGCCCCCAGUUGCCCGAAUAUCUCAAGUAUGCGCGACCACCCGCCCAUCCCCAUCACUGACCUAGCAGACAACAUCGAGCGCCUCAAAGCCAACGAUGGCCUCAAGUUCUCCCAGGAGUAUGAGUCCAUUGAUCCUGGACAGCAAUUCACAUGGGAAAAUUCAAACCUGGAGGUGAACAAGCCCAAGAACCGCUACGCAAACGUCAUCGCCUAUGACCACUCUCGAGUCAUCCUCACCUCCAUCGAUGGUGUCCCAGGGAGUGACUACAUCAAUGCCAACUACAUCGAUGGCUACCGGAAGCAAAACGCCUACAUUGCCACACAGGGCCCACUGCCUGAGACCAUGGGCGACUUCUGGCGGAUGGUGUGGGAGCAGCGCACAGCUACUGUGGUCAUGAUGACACGGCUGGAGGAGAAGUCUCGGGUGAAGUGUGAUCAGUACUGGCCACCCCGUGGCACGGAGACCUAUGGCCUCAUUCAGGUGACCCUGCUGGACACGGUGGAGCUGGCUACAUAUACUGUGCGAACCUUUGCGCUCCACAAGAGUGGCUCUAGUGAGAAGCGGGAGCUGCGUCAGUUCCAGUUCAUGGCUUGGCCAGACCACGGAGUUCCCGAGUACCCGACCCCCAUCCUGGCCUUCUUGCGGCGAGUCAAGGCCUGCAACCCACUUGAUGCAGGGCCCAUGGUGGUGCACUGCAGCGCGGGUGUGGGCCGCACGGGAUGCUUUAUCGUCAUUGAUGCCAUGCUGGAGCGGAUGAAGCACGAGAAGACAGUGGACAUCUACGGCCAUGUGACGUGCAUGCGGUCACAGCGCAACUACAUGGUGCAGACGGAGGACCAGUACGUGUUCAUCCACGAGGCGCUGCUGGAAGCUGCCACAUGUGGACACACGGAGGUGCCCGCCCGCAACCUCUACGCCCACAUCCAGAAGCUGGGCCAAGUGCCUCCCGGGGAGAGUGUGACCGCCAUGGAGCUCGAGUUCAAGUUGCUGGCCAGCUCCAAGGCACACACCUCCCGUUUCAUCAGUGCCAACCUGCCCUGUAACAAGUUCAAGAAUCGCCUGGUGAACAUCAUGCCCUAUGAGUUGACCCGUGUGUGUCUGCAGCCCAUCCGAGGCGUGGAAGGUUCCGACUACAUCAAUGCCAGCUUCCUGGAUGGCUACAGACAACAGAAGGCCUACAUAGCCACACAGGGGCCUCUGGCAGAGAGCACGGAGGACUUCUGGCGCAUGCUCUGGGAGCACAACUCCACCAUCAUCGUCAUGCUGACCAGACUUCGGGAGAUGGGCAGGGAGAAGUGCCACCAGUACUGGCCAGCAGAACGCUCUGCUCGCUACCAGUACUUUGUUGUUGACCCAAUGGCUGAGUACAACAUGCCCCAGUAUAUCCUGCGUGAAUUCAAAGUCACGGACGCCCGGGAUGGGCAGUCGAGGACAAUUCGACAGUUCCAGUUCACAGACUGGCCAGAGCAGGGUGUCCCCAAGACGGGCGAGGGGUUCAUCGAUUUCAUCGGGCAAGUGCACAAGACCAAGGAGCAGUUUGGGCAAGAUGGACCCAUCACAGUGCAUUGCAGUGCUGGUGUGGGCCGCACUGGCGUGUUCAUCACACUGAGCAUCGUCCUGGAGCGGAUGCGCUAUGAGGGCGUCGUGGACAUGUUCCAGACUGUAAAGACCCUGCGCACACAGCGCCCUGCCAUGGUGCAGACAGAGGACCAAUACCAGCUGUGCUACCGUGCAGCCCUGGAGUACCUCGGCAGCUUCGACCACUAUGCAACGUAACUACCGCCCCUCUCUCCUCCGAUGCCCCCACCCAGGGCCUCCGGAGGGGACUCAGCUCCUCUGAGCCAUACCGACCAUCGUCCAGCCCUCCUGCACGGAUGCUGUCGCUGGCAAAGCACAGCCCACUGGGAUCACACCGUUUCAGGAACAUCACCACGCCAAACGGAGAACCCAGAACACCCCUGGGUGAUGGGGUGGGCUGGCCAGUAGGCCCCAGGACCUGUCUCUGUUCACAGGCCCAUCCCAGCCCACAUGGCUGUCUGUCCCGCUGCCGUUUUCUCAUGCAUCUUCUCAUAGGGUGGGAAUGGGGCAACAUCUCCUUUUUUAUACAUUAGGUGGGGUAGAUUGAGGGGUUCUAACCUCUUCUCUCUGAUCUUUCCUUUUGCAAAUCUAACUGCAGAAUGGGCCUGGGUGGGGGGGUUCCCUGGAGGGGUUUAUUUUGUUUUCUUUUUUGAGUUCACUUUGGAUCCUCUUUUUGUAUGACUUUUACUGCUGAAGGACAGAACAUGCCUUCCUCCUGCAAGUGUGGAGUUAGGGCCUGGCCCCAGGCAGAGGAAUCUCUGAUCCGGCUGCAUUCCCAGCCCUUCAGACAAGCUCCUGUUUCAGCCAAAUGCAGGGAAACUCGAUUUUUUUUUUCCAAGUUUUGUUUUGUUGUCUCUAAGAGCCUUUUUUUAGGCCCCACAGACAGUGGUGGGCGGGGAGGAGAUAGGAAACACUCAUCCCACAGACGUGUCUGGGAAGCCUAGCAAGGCAUUCCUCAUCACCAUCGUGUUUGCAAAGGUUAAAAGAAAAAAGAAAAAAAAAAAAAAGAAGCAAAGACAAAAAAAAGAGAGACAAGUCAAGUCAUCCCCCAGCCUCUGCUUCCAAUUCUGAGAGGGGUGGUGACUCUGAGUGCCUGGGGUUCCCCAGGGAGCUCUCAAGCUGGCUCUAGACCCACAGAGCCUCUUCCCUGCCCCCAGCACUGCAGCUUGGUGUGGUGUUAGUAGGCAAUGGGUCUGGCCACAUGGCCAAGAUCACUGGCACAGGUCAGGGUGUGUGCCACGCCCUGCACACCUCAGGGCCAAGCAGGGGCACAGCCUGCCCUUUAGGUCCAGGCCAGUGGGCCUGGUAGCACAUGUCUGUCCUCAGCACAGGAGCCAGAUAAUUCCUCUCCCCAGUUUGCAGAUGUUGUUAAAGCCCCUGGAAAGCACUCUUUUUCCACUCCUUCAAGAUGCCCUCUUGAACCAAUGUGGCAAGACUACUGGACUUCUUUCAAUGGUACUAUAAUCCUUAUUAUCUCGGCUUGCUGAGGGGCAGGGAGAGGGCCUCUUCCUCUGGGCAGCACUAUCUAGGUAGUUAAGUGAGGGCGGGGAAGGGUGCAUAGCUGUUUUAGCUGAGGGGGCGUAAAGCAAGUGUCCCCAGAUCUAGCUAGGCUCAGUCAAGAUCAACAAUCCAGGGUUGGUAAUGUUGGAUGAAACAUUCAUUUUUACCUUGUGGAUGCUAGUGCUGUAGAGUUCACUAUUGUACACAGUCUGUUUUCUAUUUGUUAAGAGAACUACAGCAUCAUUGCAUAAAUUCUUGAUGGAAAUAAAUUUGAAUAAUCAGAUUUCUUACAAAAA